AUGCGCUCCUUCUUCGUGAGUGUGCUAUAUGCUGUCCUAUUCCUGGGCGUCCUGAGUUCGGCUUGGCCCUGGGAUGGGUUGCUGGCCGAGCGGAGCGAUGAUCUCAGCAGACGAGCAGAAUCGACAGCCUCCGAUGUGGGCACGGCUGACACGCCCUCAACUACCGACUCCCCCUCGUCCUCUUCUUCGUCUGGCUCCUCGGACUCGUCGGCCACUGGAACGAUAACCGGAACCAAUACCAACACCAACACCGAUGCCACUGCCACUGGAACAGGCCGUAUGACGACGGCCACUGGCUCGGGAAGCAGUAACAGCACCAACACCAAGACCACCUCCCGCACUACCGCCACAUCUUCCAUCUCCAUUGACCCCGCUGCUGCCGCUGGAGGUAUCUCUAUGAUCACCCCUAACGCCAUGUCGACCACGUAUUACAAGAUCGAUUAUAAUGCGACCUUUGUGUGGAACUACACCUCGCUCUCAGUCACGCCGACAGCCAUCAACGUCGUGGCUUCAUGUAGUCUGAACCGAGAGACCUACACCUUGACCAACAACAUGACUGUGGACCCCACCGGCACUUUCAUCUGGGACACCAAGGAAUUCCAGGCCUCGCAGACAGUCUCUCUCUUGACCUCGACCUACACUCUCUUUGUCGUCGACGCGGAUAAGUCGAUUACCGACACUCCCGAGCCUGGGUACCUGAGCAGCUUCAUUGGAUUCCCCUUCGGCAUGUAUCGUCCACAAUACUACGUUCCUCUCAAUGAGUUCAAAUGCGCCACCUGCAGUGGUGCUCUCUCUGACGUUCAGCGCCAAGGUAUCAAGUUUGCUCUUGGUAUGGCCAUGAUUACUCUCUUCUCCUUCACCUGGUUUGUCGGUGGGGCUGGCCUUCUGUCCGCCUGA